CCUCUUUCUCUUAUCACUGCUGAGAGCCAUGACGGCCCCUGACUCCUGGGUCCCCUUCCGGCUGCCCCUCCAGCUCAGCCUCUAUCUGCUGGUCAUCAUGACCCUCUCCAUAUUCCUCCACCUGAGCAACUGGUUCCCCACUGCAAGACCGAGGCGUCCCUCCUUGAACGCAACGAAGGGGUCCCCAGCCACGCCCCCCACCACAACCCCUGCCACGGAGCGGGGCAUGUGGACCGUGAACUCCAUCGGGCGCCUGGGGAACCAGAUGGGGGAAUACGCCACCCUCUACGCCCUGGCCAAGAUGAACGGGCGCCAGGCCUACAUCCUCCCACAGAUGCACCAGCAGCUGGCACCGCUCUUCCGCAUCACACUGCCCGUGAUUUCCAACGACGUGGUCCGGAGCAUCCCAUGGAGGAACUAUGGGCUCCAUGACUGGAUGUUGGAGGAAUACAGGCACAUCAAGGGGAAAUACGUCCGGCUGACGGGCUACCCCUGCUCCUGGACCUUCUACCACCACCUCCGGCAGGAGAUCCUCCAGGAAUUCUCCUUCCACGACCACGUCAAGGAGGAGGCCAACCGGUACCUGGCCGGGCUGCGCGGGCAGCGCCGGAACGUGACCUACGUGGGUGUCCACGUCCGGAGGGGGGACUACGUCCGGGUGAUGCCACAGAUCUGGAAGGGGGUGGUGGCGGACAAGGCCUACCUGGAGAAGGCCAUGGGCUACUUCCGGGACAAGUACCAGGAGCCGGUCUUUGUGGUGACCAGCAAUGGGAUGGAGUGGUGCCGGGAGAACAUCAACACCUCACGGGGAGACGUGUAUUUCUCGGGGGACGGGAAGGAGUCGUCGCCAGGGAGGGAUUUUGCUCUCUUGGCUCAUUGCAACCACACGAUCAUGACCAUUGGGACCUUCGGCAUCUGGGUCGGCUACCUGGUCGGUGGGGAAACCAUCUACUUGGCCAACUACACUCUCCCCGACUCCCCCUUCCUCCGGGUCUUCAAGCCUAAGGCCGCCUUCCUCCCCGAGUGGAUCGGGAUCGACGCUGAUCUCUCCCCGCUGCGGAGUGGGACAUAGGGACAGAAAGGAUCCAGCCUGCAGGCCACCAGCAGGAUCCGCUGGGAUAAUGGGCCAGCCCUGAGCUGGGGUAUGCGGCCCUGGGGAGUUUAGGGGGCAUCAGCAUGGACCUUGGUCAGGCACCGACCGGGAGGGGGGUGGGGAAAGAUGAUGUGUGUUCAUUCUGCCGACCUUCUCCUAGGAGUCACCAAAUGGGUCCAUCAUGAGGUUGAAUGGUUAAAACUUGCUUCUCAGCUAGCUCUUUUAAAACUCUUGGCUGUAAGUUAUUUGGACCUGCUGAUUUUAAAAUGUCUCACUUUGAUAGCUGCUGUUUAGCAGCCUCCUGAAAUAUGAGCGGAAUGGAAAGAGCAUUAGCAUCACCAUGUGAUAUGACAUCAUCUGU